CUCCCUGCCCUUCUGGACACCGGGACUCUGUCACCUGGGCGCCCAGAGCUGCACAGGGCAUGGUAGUGUGACGCAGACGCCCCUGACACAGAGCUCUGAUCCCACAGAGCUGCUACAAUGAUGUGGAGAGCCAUAGGAUCAUCAGGACCAGCAGUGGAGAAAGUGCUGCCAACCUUGAUCUGCGUGAUGCAGUCCUGGCCACUGUGCAGCAUCCGCAACUCCGAUGGGGACAACAAGGAAGUUUUUGCCCUGGCUGCCAGCCUGGUGGUGUGGGUGAUUGUCCAGGUGCCUGAGUGCCACGAGGCGAUGAUUCUUUAUUCCUCCCGCCUCUUUGUGGCUCUGCUCUUCCAUGUGGUCAUCACCACACAGCACACACCAUCAGAGGAAGGAGUAGACUUCUGGAGAGCAUGUCGGGAGGAACAUCGCGUUCCCAGCAACCCCAACAGGUUUGCAGUGCAGACCAUGAAGUCCCUGCUCUUCCAGCUGCGCUGUGACAAUGAGGUGAUGGCGAUGGAGCGCAAGCAUGGCUGGGACGGGCUGCUCUGUGCCCAGACCCAGCACUACACCAUGGGUCUGCUGGCCAGGGAGAUGCGCCGUGUCUUGAUCCCUUUGUGUUCUCACAUCGCACUCCACCUGCUCCAGCUACUCAGCCUAGAGGAGCCACGCUGGGAUCUGCCUUUCCUGGCAUUCUUUGUGGAGGUCCUUGAGUGCUUGGAUUUCACUAAAUGUGGUGACAGCGUCCAUGAGAUCGCAUCAAGGCACCUGCAGAGCGAGUGCAGGGAGAGGCGUCGCCUGGCACUCAGAGGCCUCAUGGUGCUCAGCAAGGAUCCCUUGAUGGCCAGAAGAAUUUGCAGCCUUUCUCAAAACCUCCUGGAGCUGCUGGGUGAUGCAGAUGGAGAUGUGGUCUUUAUGACCCUCCGUGUGUUCACUAAUCUGCUCCAGAACAAAAACAUCCUGGUAUCAAGCAGCACUGCUCCAAAGCUGGCUGAGGCACUCCUGCCGCUCUUUGACCACGACAAUGGCCAUGUGGAGGUGCUCUCGCUUGACCUCUUCUUCAAGGUGAUGCAGUUGUCAGUGGAUGAGGCUAAAAAGCCCCUGGAGAAGAUUUUGAGCCAGAGCCUGCUCCCACUCUUCUUGCACUGCCAUGAUGAGAACCGGCGCGUGGCAAAGGCCUCGCGGGAAACACUUCUUCGUGUGACCGAUUUCCUGAAGAGGAGGAAUCUCAAGCAGCUGGUGAAGAAGGAGCAGCUGUUGACGUUUGCCAAGUGUCUGCUGCAAGAGAACCGGAGCCAAGCGGCCGAGCUCCUGCGCCAGGCCCUGCCAUACCUGGAGAGCCCCCAGGAGCCCCUGCGAGAGGCGGCCAUCAGGUUCAUCGGGAUGGCCGGGCAACACCUGAGAGGGCAGCAAGAAGAGCUCCAGCUGAUGUGCAACGCCCUUGAACACCUUACAGAGGACAUCAGCACUGUCGUGUCAGACCUGGCACUUCAAACACUCUAUGUCCUCCGGGCACUCCAGAGUGGGCGAUAUUCUGUCUUCCAGAGGCUGCAAGAUCAAUUCCGCAGGGCAUGGAAGAUGCGGCCUCAUGCAGCCAUGGACCGGACACAAGAGCACAAACCCGCCCGCGGCCGUGGCCGCAGAUCACUGAAGAUGUUCCGGAAGUUUGUGCCCAUUAAGCAUAGAAGGACCAACAUCACUGCAACUGAGAGCCCAACUGAGCCUGACUCCAGGUUGAUAGAGCUCCACGCAGAGCCUGAUGUCAGCACAGAUUUGGCUGAGCAAUCAGAAAACUGUGAUGCUGGAGCAAAUGAUGACAGAGCAAUGGCUGACAUGCCAAUGACUGAGGAUGUGCCCAUCACAAACACCAACACCGCAGACACUCAGGGCAUCGCAGAGACUGAAACCAGGCCAGAUUUGGCCGGCCGCUCAGAAGACUCUGACACUACGGUGAAUGAUGACGAGGCAAAGGCAGACACGGCGGCAGUGACUGAGGAUGUGCCCAUCACAAACACUGAAAAUGGAGAGACUCAGGGCACCACGACUACUGACACCACGCCCAGUCCCACUCUGAGUCAGGAACUCAUAUGGGACUAUUUCCAGGACCCUUGUGUUUCUUCUAAGCAGCAGGUGCCAGCCAUUGUAAGGAACAUUCACCAGAGACUGACAUCCCAUGUCACUGUGGGUGCAAGGUUACAAAUGGACAUUCUGAGGCUGGCUGAAGAACACCCAGCGGACGUGGUGCUGACCCUCCUGCACUGUGCCCCAACCUGUGACAGGUACAGGGAGAGCUCAGGGCUCACUGCCUUCAGGGCCCUUGCCCUGCACAGCCUGUGCAAUGGGAUCUGCCAGACAGGCUGA